AGCGAGGGAGCUGGCCCGGAGCGACGGGCGAAGGCACCGAGAGGUCCGCGGCCGAGCGGGCGGCUGGAGGCACAGCCGGGGCAGCGGCGCCGACUCCGUUCCACUCUGGGCCGGGAUCCAGGCCUCCGGGUUCCCAGGCGCUCGCCUCCCUCUGACGCACUUUAAAGAGUCUCCCCCCUUCCACCUCAGGGCGAGUAAUAGCGACCAAUCAUCAAGCCAUUUACCAGGCUUCGGAGGAAGCUGUUUAUGUGAUCCCCGCACUAAUUAGGCUCAUGAACUAACAAAUCGUUUGCACUACUAGUGAAGAAGCGAACACUUCCAUGGAUUGUCCUUGGACUUAGGGCGCCCUGCCCGCCUUUUGCAAAGGAGAGAAAACUUUUUUUGCCUCCCCCGAGAACCCCCCCUUCCCUGCCUCUAACUCCAAUCUCCCCCCCACGCCAUCUCGCUCAAAAAAAAUUACCCCAAUCCACGCCUGCAAAUUCUUCUGGAAGGAUUUUCCCCCCUCUCUCCAGGUUGGGCGCGUUUGGUGCAAGAUUCUCGGGAUCUUCGGCUUUGCCUCUCCUCCCCCUCCCCCUCCUUUCCUUUUUCCUUUCCUUUCUUUCUUUCUUCCUUCCUUCCCUUUCCUUCCCCCCACCCCCACCCCAAACAAACGAGUCCCCAAUUCUCGUCGGUCCUCGCCGCGGGCAGCGGGCGGCGGAGGCAGCGCGCUGCGGUCGCGGGGAGCAGGGAGCCCAGGGCGCCCGCUCCUCGGCGCAGCAUGUUUCAGCCGGCGCCCAAGCGCUGCUUCACCAUCGAGUCGCUGGUGGCCAAGGACAGUCCCCUGCCUGCCUCGCGCUCUGAGGAUCCCAUCCGUCCCGCGGCGCUCAGCUACGCCAACUCCAGCCCAAUAAAUCCGUUCCUCAACGGCUUCCAUUCGGCCGCCGCCGCCGCCGCCGCUGGCAGGGGCGUCUACUCCAACCCGGACUUGGUGUUCGCCGAGGCGGUCUCGCACCCACCCAACCCCGCCGUGCCGGUGCACCCGGUGCCGCCGCCGCACGCCCUGGCCGCCCACCCCUUGCCCUCCUCGCACUCGCCACACCCCCUCUUCGCCUCUCAGCAGCGGGACCCAUCCACCUUCUAUCCCUGGCUCAUCCACCGCUACCGAUAUCUGGGUCAUCGCUUCCAAGGGAACGACACAAGUCCCGAGAGUUUCCUUUUGCACAACGCUCUGGCCCGAAAGCCCAAGCGGAUCCGAACCGCCUUCUCGCCGUCCCAGCUUUUAAGGCUGGAGCACGCUUUCGAGAAGAAUCAUUACGUGGUGGGAGCGGAAAGGAAGCAGCUGGCGCAUAGCCUCAGCCUUACGGAAACUCAGGUAAAAGUAUGGUUUCAGAACCGGAGGACGAAAUUCAAAAGGCAGAAGCUAGAGGAAGAAGGCUCAGAUUCUCAACAGAAGAAAAAAGGGACACACCACAUUAACCGGUGGAGAAUUGCCACCAAGCAGGCGAGUCCGGAGGAAAUAGAUGUGACCUCAGAUGAUUAAAAGUACAAACCUAAUUUCACAGAAAUGGACAGCAUGGAGCAAAAGAGACAGGGAGAGGAGGGGAAGAAAGAAAAAACCCUACAAAACCAAACCAAAUUGCACACACAUUCACCAGGAAAGGGAGAGAGCGAGUCAGAGCAGCGGUUCACAGCAGACUUUGGACAGCGAGGGCACUGGACCGGGCACUGCGCACGGAGGAGAUGGCAGAGGACGGAGGCCCCUUCAUCAACAUGCAACCCUCGUCUAGAGAGGCAGCUGAGUGAGUGAGAGAGACAGAGACUGGGAGGGAGAGAGAGAGAGAGAGAGAGAGAGAGAGAGAGAGAGAGAGAGAGAGAGAGAACACGAUCCGGUCCUUGUGAGGCAAAGGCACAUUCUGACAAGAGAAGCUGUCAGUCAAAUGCCAAACCAGGGAAACAAGAUGAUUGGCAGGUAUUCCACUUAUCAAAGUCCAUUUAGAAAUGAUAAUGAUUUUUUUUUUAAAAAAGGCACAGGACUUUUAAUUUUGCACUUCACAGUGUUUCCCCCAUCUUUGUUUAGAAAUAACAUACAAAAUUCCAUGUCUAGUCCCAUCCUACACCUGUUUCAAAAACUUGAAUUGCAUGUAGCAGUUAUUGGGCGAAUGGUGUCUAAAAAAUGAAUUGUAAUUUUAUUUUUCUGUUAAAGACAGGUUCUGUGUAUUUUUAUUUUUUCUGAGAAAUGUGCAGUCUGUAAAAACACUUUUUGAUACCUUCUGUUGUCAAAGUGAUUGUGAAAGCUAAAUGAAGUAGGCUCGGAGAUAGUGGUCCUCUUACAGAAAAAUGAGGGAGCAGCAUUGGGAUGGAGGGUGGGGGAGGGUGCCCCUGAGAAGAAUCAGGACUUGUGCUGGGGGGUUGAACAACAGGAGCAGCAGCAACAACAAUAACAACAAAGACCUAAAUUAAUUCUAUUUCUUGGAUAUUUCCUUUCCUAACAUUCUAAGACUUAAAACCACCAAGUCAACGUCUCCUUUCAGUGGCUGGGGAAAUUGACUGCAUCCAGCCACUCAGAGUUAUGGCCAUCAGAACUUUAAGACUGUCUAUUGCAAAAGUGGAAGGAAGGACGGUAGUUAACGGGGUGGUAGUGUGGCCAAGGACAUGGGAGUUUUCAAGCACUGAGUUUCUCUUCCAAGACCAUAGACUUAUUAAAGAGGGUGACAAAUGCUUCCUUAGUGUCUUCUAUACCAGAAUGUAAAUAUUUUUGUGUUUUGUGUUAAUUUGUUAGAAUUCUAACACACUAUAUACUUCCAAGAAGUAUGUCAAUGUCAAUAUUUUGUCAAUAAAGAUUUAUCAAUA